AUGUGCCGAAGAGAAUUACCAAGCCAGCCAUGGGAGCAUCUGAGUGCUGAUUUUCUGGGACCACUGCCGUCGGGAGAAAAUCUACUAGUUAUUGUCGACUACUAUUCCAGAUGGAUUGAGGUUUUCAUCAUGAAAACUACUACGUCGGAGAAGAUUAUAAACUGUUUAGAUAGUAUUUUCUGUGUUCAUGGAAUUCCAGUGUCUUUACAGACAGAUAACGCACAAAAUUUCAACAGCAAAGAGCUGAACGACUAUCUAACGGAUCUGAACAUUGAACAUCGCAAUACAACUCCAUAUUGGCCGCAAGCAAAUGGAGAAGUGGAAAUCCAAAAUAAGUCCAUUAUGAAAAGGCUUCGCAUUGCGCAUGUGGAGAAGAAAAACAUGAGAACAGAACUUCAGACAUAUCUCAUGAUGUAUAGAUAUACACCACACUCCACAACAGGGAUGUCACCCGCCGAAAUGCUGUUCAAAAGGAAAAUUCGCACGAAAAUACCAGAUAUUUCGGACUACAGAGUUUCCGAUCAUGAAAUUAGAGACCGCGACAGCGAAAGAAAAGGAAAAGGGAAGAUUUAUGGUGAUAACAGAAGAAAUGCUAGAGAAAGUGAUAUAAAAGAAGGUGAUCUAGUGUUAGUAAAGCAAAAGAAGCAAGAUAAGUUAUCCACAGUGUUUAAUUCAAAUUCAAUGUCAGUAGUAGAUAAGCAAGGAAAUAGUGUAAUUGUAGAGUCAAAAGAAGGUGUUCGAUAUUCUAGAAAUGUGUCACAUGUGAAAAAGUUCUAUUCUAAUGAUCAGAGCAGAGAAUCUGAAAAAUCAAAAGAAGUAGAAAAUGUGUUAGAUAACGUGAAAAAUCAUCUAAGUGUGAAAAAUAAUUUCAGUGAAAAUAAAAGUGUUCAAUCGGAGAAAAAUGUGCUUAAUGAAUAUAGAGUGGAGUCGGGAUCAAAUUCCAAUCUAGAGAAUAAUCAGGAAGCAGAGUUGACAGAAAUAGAACAGAUAGAGAAUCCUGUAGAAACGGAGGACGUGAAGUCACCAACAAAAACAGUAGCAGAAUCCUUCUCGCGACCAUCGAGAGUUCGAAAAAUGCCGCAGAAAUAUUCAGAUUUCAUUAUGAGUAACAAAUGA